AAAUGCCCAGAGAUUUCUUCCUGUGAAGUGUACUUCAUUGGAUCUCUUUAGAAUUGUUCUUCAGGGACAGUGAAACAAAUGACUGAGAAGCAGAGUCUGAGAUUUGUGUGAACUUUUGGGGAAAGGUAAGGGGUGAGAAGAAAGGCACAGGCCAUGAGUGAGGGUGGAGGCUGCUUUGCAUCAUUGGCCUCUGAAGCUCUGCGGUGGCCACAGUUUUCCUUUCUCCUCAUUGUUAUGGCGGCGUCUGGGCAGAGAGAAGCUUUGGAGCCAGACCUCUGAGGCUGUGUGUGGUGAGCCUGCAGGGGCUGGCAGUCGCUAAGGGCGGAAACCACUGUUUGGGAGCUGCUGGUGGUUUAACUAUUUCUGUUGCUCACUGCUGGAGAACAGAAAAGAACAGGAGAGCCUGAGCAUUCUACAUUGUGAUUCUGUUCAUGAAUAGGAAGGAGGUUCGCUUGUUUUGCGCAGAAGCUGAGCCACAGGAGAAAGCAAACCCAAUGUGAUUUAUUGAAUGAAAGCACUGGACAAUUACCAACAACUUAUUCCUCUGCUGCUUCCUCGAACAACCUAAACUGGAAUUACUGUGUGAAAAUGACCCAACAAAUGCAGAACUUACAUCUUUCUCAGUCAAAAAAACACAGUGCCCCAUCAUCUCCCAAUGCUGCCAAACGUCUGUAUAGGAACCUCUCUGAGAAGCUGAAGGGAAGCCACUCGUCAUUUGAUGAGGCCUACUUUAGGACAAGAACUGAUCGGCUGAGUCUCAGAAAGACCUCGGUGAACUUCCAGGGCAAUGAAGCCAUGUUUGAAGCAGUUGAACAGCAGGACAUGGAUGCUGUGCAGAUCUUGCUGUAUCAGUAUACACCAGAAGAACUAGAUCUCAACACACCUAACAGUGAGGGGUUGACACCCCUGGAUAUUGCCAUCAUGACCAACAAUGUGCCCAUUGCUAGGAUCCUCCUGAAAACAGGGGCCCAAGAAAGUCCACACUUUGUCAGCUUAGAAAGCCGAGCACUGCACCUCAACACACUGGUCCAGGAAGCCCACGAGAGGGUGAGUGAACUAUCCGCCCAGGUGGAGAAUGAAGGAUUCACUCUGGACAACACAGAGAAAGAAAAACAGCUAAAAGCUUGGGAAUGGAGGUACCGGCUCUACAGACGCAUGAAAACGGGCUUCGAGCACGCCAGAGCUCCUGAGGUGCCAACCAAUGUCUGUCUCAUGGUAACGAGCAGCACCUCUCUCACCGUCAGCUUUCAAGAACCUCUUAGUGUCAACGCAGCUGUAGUAACCAGGUAUAAAGUGGAAUGGAGCAUGUCUAAAGACUUCUCUCCUUUGGCUGGAGAAAUUAUCAUGGAUAACCUGCAGACCUUGAGAUACACAAUCACAGGACUUACGACGGGCCAACAGUAUUUUGUUCAAGUCUCGGCUUAUAACAUGAAAGGAUGGGGACCUGCUCAGACCACGACACCAGCAUGUGCCUCUCCUUCUAACUGGAAAGACUAUGACAACAGAGAGCCCAGACACAAGGGACAGAAUGAAGUUUUGGAAGGUCUGCUGCAGCAGGUCCGAGCCCUUCAUCAGCAUUACAGUUGCCGGGAAAGUUCAAAACUACAAACCACAGGCCGCAAGCAGUCAGUCUCAAGGAGCCUGAAACACCUGUUCCAUUCCUCAAACAAGUUUGUGAAGACCUUAAAACGGGGACUCUACAUAGCCGUUAUAUUUUAUUACAAAGACAAUAUGUUAGUCACCAGUGAAGAUCAAAUACCGAUUGUUGAAAUAGAUGACGCUCACACGAGUUCCAUUACACAAGAUUUUCUGUGGUUUACAAAGCUGUCUUGUAUGUGGGAAGAUAUAAGGUGGUUGAGGCAGAGUGUACCUAUCUCCAUGUCCUCAUCCACAGUACUGCAAACUCGGCAGAAGAUGCUUGCAGCAACAGCCCAGCUACAGAAUUUACUUGGAACACACAACUUGGGAAGAGUUUACUAUGAACCCAUUAAAGAUCGACAUGGAAACAUACUCAUAGUCACCAUCAGAGAAGUAGAGAUGCUUUAUUCAUUUUUUAAUGGUAAAUGGAUGCAGAUCUCAAAGCUGCAAAGUCAGAGAAAGUCUUUAUCAACGCCUGAAGAGCCAACAGCCUUAGACAUUUUACUAAUAACCAUCCAGGAUAUUCUUUCUUAUCACAAAAGGAGUCAUCAGCGUCUAUCUCCUGGAUUAUAUUUGGGUUACUUAAAGCUAUGUAGCUCUGUGGAUCAGAUCAAAGUUCUUGUUAUGCAAAAGUUGCCCAACAUGCUCUGCCACACGAAGAUCCGUGAAAACAAUAAUAUUUCCAAAGAGGAGUGGGAAUGGAUCCAAAAGCUUUCUGGCUCUGAAUCUAUGGAAAGUGUGGAUCAUACUUCUGACUGCCCCAUGCAAUUGUUCUUCUACGAGCUCCAGAUGGCAGUGAAAGCUCUCCUUAAGCAGAUCAAUAUACCUCUACACCAGGCAAGGAACUUCCGCCUCUACACACAGGAGGUGUUGGAAAUGGGUCACAAUGUGUCCUUUCUUCUCCUGCUCCCUGCCUCAGACGACGUCUGUACAGCCCCAGGACAGAAUAAUCCUUACACCCCACACUCAGGGUUUCUUAACCUCCCUCUUCAGAUGUUUGAACUUGUUCAUUUUUGCAGCUACAGGGAGAAAUUUAUUAGUCUGUAUUGCCGCCUUUCUGCUGUUAUGGAGCUGGAUUCUCUGAAUACCCAACAAUCCCUGAGGGAAGCGAUCUCAGACAGCGAGGUUGCAGCUGCCAAACAAAGACACCAGCAAGUUUUAGAUUUCAUUCAGCAAAUAGAUGAAGUUUGGCGUGAAAUGAGAUGGAUCAUGGAUGCUCUACAGUAUGCAAGAUACAAACAACCAGUUUCUGGCUUGCUCAUCACUAAACUGAUAGAUCCUUCAGAUGAGCAGAACCUGAAGAAAAUCAGCUCUACGUCAUCACACAUAGACUGUCUUCCAUCCCCAUCUCCAUCACCAGAGAUGCACAGAAGAAAAGCAGUGAGUGACUCACAGCCCUGCUCCGAUGAGGAAGGCUGCUCUGAAGUCUUCCUCCCCACUGACAGUGACUACGACUCCAGUGACGCCCUGAGUCCCAGAGACCUGGACCUGGUCUACCUGUCAUCCCACGACAUCGCUCAGCAGGCCCUAAGCGGCCUGUGCGGCAGCGCUCCCGAUGUCCUACAGGUGCACGACGUGAAGAGCGCAGCAGGGCCAGGUCAGGAUGCCCAAGGCCGGGUCCAGGGCCCAGAUCGCGAACAGUCGUGUGCGGAGUUCCUCCACAGCCUGACCCUCACCGACUUCGCGCCCAAGAACCACACCAAGAUGGCACCCGGCGCGCGGCCCCCGCUGGGCUUUCUGGGAAAACGGAAGCCGGGCAAGCACCAGCACUACGGCGGCUUCAGUCGCCACCACCGCUGGCUGCGCAUGCACAGCGAGACGCAGUCUCUGUCGCUCUCCGAUGGCGUUUACACGCAGCAUCUGUCGCGGGCCUGCGGCCUGGCCCAGGGGUCCGGAGAGGCCGAGCGGCCAGAACCUGCCCUCGAUGGGCCCCGGGGUCUGGCUCUAUCCCACGCCGCCAGCCUCCCUGAAGAGAGGAAGAGCAGCCUCCUGGACGCGAGGCCUUCAGUCCACCGCAUCUACGUGGAGUCCUACCCCGUGGCCCUGGUGAGCCAGGACGCAAAGCCAUGGGGCAGCUUGAGCCCACCACCAGUAGGCCACCCAGACCUGCCCAGCCCCACCGGCCUGGAGACGAGCCCUGAGAGCCCCGCCACCACCCCGGUGUCAGAAAUACUCAGCAGCAUGCUUUAGGGAGUCGCCACCGCGCCGUUCCACCAUUAGGCCCUGCAUUUCACAGCGUCUACCCACAGCCUGCCCCACAGUGUACUCGCCCGUAUUCAAACGUUUUGAAUGUUACACAUCCACAUAUGGCAGAUUCAAGGCCCUCUUUAUCAGAGGUAAAGGGGCGUAGAGGCCGGACUUGCCAGUGUCUUUCCCAGUGCUGCCUAGAAAGGGCAUGAGAAGCUCUUGUAUCAACAGGGACUCUGAUUCAAACUUGCCACGCUGUUAGUAGCACCUGUGGCUGAGGUGGGCCAGCCCAGAGGCACCCUCAGUUCUACACCUGGCUCUGUAACCUCACACCUGGGUUUAAGGCUCUUUUAGGGAUUUGUGAUUGAUGAACAGGAGUUCCAUAAAUAAAAUAAGAUUGGCAUUGUUUUCCCAAACCUUUAGAAGAGUAUCUGGCAGAGGUCCAGGUUAUAUUAUGUAGCACACCGAGGUGAGUUGGACUUGUCCUGGUUUCCCAGUCUGCUAAAACAAGUCUUUCCAACUAUAGAUUUCUCAGAACUCAUUUUCUCCUUCAGCACUUGUCUAAGUAGGCUUCAGACAGGACUUUCCUUGUCUGAGCUCUGUAUGAAGACCACCAGAAGCAAAAAUGAGGACACUUGUUUUCUUGUAAAGACAGAAUAGGGCAGGAAGCAACCCUUCCUGCGCAUUCAGCUUAUGUUCAAGUGUUGAAAACAGUCUGGAAAUUUUUCCAGGGUGCUAGGAGUUGGCUUAAUUAAGUGAAAGUCUAAGUUAUAGACAAGAUAAAGGGAGGAAGGAGAUAUAAGCAAAAAUCUAUUUCCUUUACAAUUCUAAGAUAAACAAAGUAAGUCUAUGGGGACGGUGUCUCUGAAAAUCGUAGUGGAUCUGCUCCAGAUUCUUAAGUGAUGAGAUUGUCAUUGAACAAGAAAGUGCCUUGCAGAUAUAGUCAAGCAGUAAUGGACUCCUCACUGCCCCACAGGACAUCCACUAAAGGCAUAUCAGAGGUCAAGGAACUGAUUGUCCAGGGCCAGGAUGGCUGCCUUCCCCUCUUCAGUCUACCCCUCCAGGAGUCAGUUUUGCCCUGAGAUCAUCUACCCAAUGGCCUUGGGGAAAAUCAUUUCUUCAAAUCCCCUGCCAGUGUUUUAUUCCAAAGAUGAGCUCAAAAACUCUUGGAAAUCCUGCUUUGGUUUCGCUGCCUCCUACCUGAAUUUCUCCCAAAUGAGAAACCCAAUCAAAGAGAAAUCAUACCGCGUGUUCAGAAAAGGCAUGAGUCUUCUCAUCUCCUAGAGCCAAGAUCCAUUCAGUUCACUGACAUUCUAAAUGGUCCUUUUCUGCUUCACAGGCAUUUCAGUUAAAUAUUGCUCUUUAUGGCCCUAUCCCUAUCCUCACAGUUCUACCAUUCUUCCUCAUGGGAGUUCAUAUAAAGUCCCCUGUUCACAAUGUUAUUCUGAUCCCUUCCAUUUUUAAAACAUUUGAUUUAAACAUAAAUAAUUACCCUGCUGGAAAGGUACAGCUUUGGCUCAUGGCCUAUGGUCAUUAGAAAACUAAAGCCUGGAGCUCAGUCUUUAUUUUUUUAAGAGAUUUUAUACUCAACGAACCCCCCAAAGAAUCUUGAUCUGAAUCACUACAGCUCCUUUUCUAUGCCUAAGAGAAUUUUAAAAUACAGUUUUCUUCUGUCUAAGUCAGUUCUAGAUGUAUGGAAGGCUAGAGAGUGUUAAAACUAGAAGGGACCAUAAAAUUUGUCUAAAUCUUUAUAUUUACAGAAGGAAAAUGAAGACCAGAGAGAUUCAGUGACUUGCACAAGGUCACAAAGCUGGUUUAGUCUCAGAGUUAGGGAUGAAAACCAAAACUAUUUUCUUUAAACAGGUAGCCCUUUGCUAGCUAGUACAAACUUAGUCAACUCUUGAUUGCCUAUGGACUACUUACCUAUUUUGCAAAUCAUUUAUCUAUUUCCAAUUCCAAAUUCAAGUCUUCUGCUUAACCUAUACCUAACAAGUUUCCAAGAUCACAGAGCACCUUGUUUUAGGAAAUAAAAAUUUCACGUAGUAGAUAUCUAAGUUAAUUAACUGAAAAGCAAAUUUGAGAAGAUGGCAUUUCAAAUUAUUCUAUUCUUAAUUAGUAACAUAAAUGACAAAGUUAUCUGCAAUCAGUUUCUACUUAUUUCUAGUUAUAAGACAAAUUGUAAAUGUUGAAUAAAUCUGUGAGAUGAGGUGCUAGAAUUAUCAAGAACUAAGAAACCCAGCAAUUCUCUGAUCCUGACCAUUCUGGUGACGUGAGAGGAAGUUCCCAACUGAAAAUUAGAUAGGAAUUAUUCAACAAGCAGCAAAGGCAGAAACAUGCACCCUUCUGAUCCCUCAUUUGGUCAACAAGUUCUGGCAUACUGGGCCAAAAUUAGAUUAAUUUCAAACCAAUAAUUUAUAUUGAGGACACAGGGUUAUUUUUUCAUCUUCUGCGAGAAAGAGAGGCAUGCUCAUUAAAUGAAUAAUGAACAGUAGAUUUCAACUGACAUACUUAACUCACUUGAAAAUACAUUUUCCAGGGGCCAGCAGAUAGCAUAGCAGUUCAGUUGCU